AUGGUAUCAUCAUCGACACCUAGAUGUGGAAGUUUAACAAUCAAUUUUCAACAGUGUCCACUUCUGAACAUAAGCUAUAGCCCUCCAACUAAAACGGAUCUAUCAUCUGGCAAAAUAUCGGUGGUUGUUGUCUACAAUUCCCAAGGGUGGAAGAGAUCUGAUGUUAUAAGACUUCCAGACCUAGAUGCAUUAUAUGCGGCUAUUGUUGUGAGUAUUGCCUUCUCUUUCAUUCCUGCUUCGUUUUCUAUUGCUAUUAUGAAGGAUAUCAAUAAUGAUUAUGGUCGAUCAUCAAUCUCCACUGUAUAUGAGGCGGGUAUCAAUCGUCAAAUAAAGAAGCCUCCUCAACUCACAAACAAGAACAAAUCCUCUUCGAUCCAGUUCACUGCAUUAGAUUGCAAAUCUGUUGAUUCUUUGAGUCAUCGUCGAGUAUUUAUUGAUCCAUAUCACAACGACGAACUAUUGAUUCUUCGAUGCAUCAUUGAUGACAUAGAGAUUAAGAGUGUGGAUUCCUGGAAGCAGGAUGAGGGAAGAUAG